AUGGAAGUGAGCACAGCUCCAGCACAUGGCCUUAUGGUCAAGACCACGGCUCCAUCUCAUGGCCACACGGCCGAGCCCGAAAAUCACCCUCACUGUCGAAUCUGGAGUUCACCUCCACAGUGGCACUACUAUACUCGGUGGUACCACCGCUCACGCCAAUCUUGCUGCCACCGCCAAAUAUGGCCCCGUCUUGGACCAAAUGCAUCAGUUCCCUCAUUUGCCUCCGCGCUUGACGUUCACGAUUCUCGAGCACACCUCCAACGAUGGGCAAAUGCACUGGUAGACGACACGAGAGGUCCUAAGAAAGUCGAGUAA